GCAUUAGCUUUCCUUCUAACACGGGGCAAGUCAGCAUGGCGCACGUUGAGGAGUUGGAGAGCCACAACAUGACAAAAAACGGGGACCAGAGCGAAGAAGUGGUAGAAAAUGAAGAUACGGCCGAAAGCGUGGACGGGGAAGAUGACAACAUUGAAAAGGAUGAGCCUGGAAAGACCUUCAAAGAUUUGGGUGUAACAGAGGUGCUGUGUGAAGCGUGUGAUUUGCUGGGGUGGAAGACUCCUACUAAGAUCCAGGUAGAAGCCAUCCCAGUUGGGUUGGAAGGAAAGGAUGUUAUUGGGCUGGCCGAGACCGGAUCUGGAAAGACUGGAGCAUUUGCUCUGCCCAUCCUGCAGUCGCUGCUCUCCUCUCCUCAGAGGCUCCACACGCUGGUGCUAACGCCCACCAGAGAGCUGGCUUUCCAGAUCUCCGAGCAGUUUGAGGCCCUGGGCUCCAGCAUUGGAGUCAAGACAGCCGUGGUUGUUGGUGGUGUUGACCAGAUGUCUCAGGCCUUGGUACUGGCCAAGAAACCCCAUAUUAUAAUUGCUACCCCAGGAAGGCUGGUAGAUCACCUGGAAAACACAAAGGGCUUUAACAUGAGAGCCCUGAAGUUUCUUGUCAUGGAUGAGGCUGACAGAAUCCUCAACAUGGACUUUGAGACAGAGGUGGACAAGAUCCUGAAAGUGAUCCCCCGUGACAGGCGUACUUUUCUUUUCUCUGCUACGAUGACCAAAAAGGUCCAGAAACUCCAGCGUGCAGCUCUGAAGGACCCAGUCAAAUGUGCUGUAUCCACUAAAUAUGCAACAGUGGACAAGCUCCAACAGUACUACAUAUUUAUACCCUCAAAAUUCAAGGAUUGUUACCUGGUGUCCAUAUUGAACGAGCUGGCGGGAAACUCCUUCAUGAUCUUCUGCAGCACGUGCAACAAUGCCCAGCGGGUGGCGCUAAUGCUUCGGAACCUGGGCAUCACAGCUAUACCCCUGCAUGGACAGAUGAGCCAGAACAAACGUUUGGGAGCCCUGAACAAGUUCAAGUCUAAAUCGCGCUCAGUCCUGCUGGCCACAGACGUGGCAUCCAGAGGUCUGGACAUUCCACACGUUGACUGUGUCAUCAACUUCGACAUCCCCACACACUCUAAGGACUACAUUCACAGAGUGGGCAGAACAGCCAGAGCAGGGCGCUCAGGGAAGUCCAUCACCUUCGUUACACAGUAUGACGUGGAGCUUUUCCAGCGUAUCGAGACCCUGAUCGGGAAGAAGCUUCCAGCAUUCCCCACUGAGGAGGAGGAAGUGAUGAUGCUGGUGGAGAGAGUCAGUGAAGCACAGAGAUUCGCUAGAAUUGAAAUGAAGGAACAAAUGACAAAGAGGAAACGACCGAGAGGUGGUGACGACGAUGACACAGAGGACACAGAGCAAUCCAGUGGCGUACGGAAGAAAGUGAAGGGAGGGAAGUUCAGUGGUGGUGGUGGUGGAGGAAGGGGACGAGGAGGUGGAGGAAGAGGACGCGGAGGUGGAGGAAGAGGACGCGGAGGUGGCUCUAAAAGGGGGAGAUAGACAUCAAAACUUUGUGCCGAAUUACAAUUACAAUGACUUGUACAUAUUAUAAAUAUCCCUUUUUGCCAGUUGUAUGUUAUUUCUGUGGACGAUUCCUCGUGUGAAAUCGCUUUCUCCCAGUCCAGUGAUGCUCCACACAUUAUGGAGACAAAUGACUGUAUAAACACCCUCUUGACAGACUGUGCUGCCACUGUCCUCCCUUGAAGUCCUUUCAGAGACUUGCACACUUUGAAAUAAAUGUAUCAAUUGUGUCUGUUAAA